UUUGCGUAGAAAGUAUGCUUUUUUGCAGUUCAGGGAAUGCUCCUCUGAAGCAAUCUCAUAUGGCUGGCUUUCUCCUCUCCUAUAUCUUUCCUCUCCAUUUUCACUUUCCUUUCCUCGGUUGCCUGCCUAAACAACAACACCACCAGUAACUUCUUUCUCUUCUCUUUUCUGAAGAUUUAGAUGGCUACAAUUGGUGACAUCGCUGUUGCAGCAGCCAUUAAUAUUAUCACCGCCCUCAUUUUCCUCAUAGCAUUUGCCUUUCUUCGCCUUCAACCUGUCAAUGACAGAGUCUACUUUCCAAAGUGGUACAUCAAGGGUUUAAGAACAAGCCCCACGGCCUCUGACGGCACUUUCGUCACAAAAUUUGUCAACCUGGAUUAUCGAUCCUACUUAACGUUCCUUAACUGGGUGCCCGCUGCCUUAACAAUGCCACAAUCCGAGCUCAUUGAUCACGCCGGCUUGGAUUCCGUUGUCUAUUUGAGGAUCUACUUGCUCGGGUUAAAAAUAUUCACUCCCAUAUUCUUGUUUACAUGGGCUAUACUCAUACCGGUUAAUUGGACUAACAACACCUUAGAGCAAUCCCAAGAUACUUAUAGCCAGAUUGAUAAGCUUUCUAUAUCAAACAUCCCACACGCCUCUCCCAGGUUUUGGGCACAUGUAGCAAUGGCAUACCUUGUUAUGAUCUGGACAUGUUUUAUGUUGAAGAAAGAGUAUGAGACUGUUGCAAAUAUGAGAUUUUACUGUCUCCAAUCCGAAAACCAUCGCCCUGAUCAGUUUACUGUUCUUGUGAAGAAUGUCCCGCGAGAUGAUCAUGAGUCCGUUAGCGAGACUGUUGAGAACUUCUUUCUAGUGAAUCAUCAUGAUAACUAUCUCACACAUCAGGUUGUUUGUAAUGCAAACAAGCUUGCAAAGCUCGUUAAGAAGAAACAAAAGAAGCAAAACUGGCUCGACUACUACCAGAUUAAAUACUCAAAAAACCCAUCGAAACGACCUAUGAUGAAGACUGGAUUUCUUGGACUUUGGGGAGCGAAAGUUGAUGCGAUCGAGCAUCAUGAAACCGAAAUUAAGAAACUUUCAGACGAGAUAGCAGAAGAGAGAAAAAAUGUGAUGGAUGACCCGAAAGCAAUACUGCCAGUAGCAUUUGUGUCCUUCAAAACUCGUUGGGGAGCUGCUGUUGCGGCUCAGACACAACAAGUUCGAAACCCAACUUUGUGGUUGACCGAAUGGGCUCCCGAGCCACGCGACGUAUACUGGAAAAACCUUGCUAUUCCUUACGUUUCACUCACUGUUCGCAAGGUUAUUAUGGGUGUCGCCUUCUUUUUCCUCACUUUCUUUUACGUGAUUCCAAUCGCGUUUGUGCAAUCACUUGCAAACAUUGAAGGCAUCGAGAAGGCUGUACCCUUCCUUAAGCCCCUAAUUAAUAUAAAGCUGAUCAAGUCAUUUAUCCAAGGUUUUCUACCUGGGAUAGUGUUGAAGAUCUUCCUCAAGCUGCUACCAAAAAUCUUAAUGAUGAUGUCCAAGUUUGAAGGAUUUUUGAGUAUAUCACGACUCGAGAGGAGAUGCGCUUCCAGAUACUAUCUUUUCAAAUUUGUUAACGUGUUUCUAGGUAGCAUUAUCGCCGGGGCUGCAUUUGAACAGCUCAGUACGUUUCUAAAUCAGCCAGCAAGUCGGAUUCCUGAAACAAUUGGCAUCGCGAUCCCGAUGAAAGCAACGUUCUUCAUAACAUAUAUAAUGGUUGACGGGUGGAGUGGUACUGCAGGAGAGAUUUUGCGGUUAAAACGUUUGAUAAUCUACCAUUUAAAAAAUAUUUUCUUGGUUAAGACGGAAAGGGACAGAGAAAAGGCCAUGAAUCCAGGAAGCAUCGGUUUCAACACAGGAGAACCUCAAAUACAAUUCUACUUUCUCAUCGGGCUUGUUUAUGCGGUGGUGACGCCACUAUUGAUUCCAUUUAUCUUGGUUUUCUUCGGGCUAGCAUUCGUUGUCUAUCGCCAUCAGGUAAUUAAUGUAUACAACCCAAAAUACGAAAGCAGAGCGGCAUUCUGGCCUGAUGUCCAUGGACGUGUGAUCACGGCAUUGAUUAUAUCACAAGUACUUUUGAUGGGUUUGUUGAGUACAAAACACGCUGCUGCUUCGACUCCGGUUCUCCUUGCACUUCCGGUUCUGACAAUGGGGUUCCAUAUCUACUGUAAAGGUAGAUUCGAACCUGCAUUUACCAGAUAUCCGUUACAGGAAGCUAUUAAUAAAGACACUCUUGACCGAGUAAAGGAACCGAACCUGAGCCUGAACCUGAAAGGCUACCUUGAGCAUGCUUACAUUCAUCCUGUUUUCAAGGAUGAUGGUUCUGACGAUCACUAUGAAGAUGGGACUCCCAUCGUACCCACUAAAAGACACACCCGCCCUGAACCUAGCAGGACGAAUGAGGAGGAGAUCCUUCAAGAAAAGCAUAAGCCAUGAAUGAAUGUGUAAUUACUGUUCAACAUUUCACUUGCCUACAAAAACAUUCAUUCCUUAUACACAUACUCAAGAGAUGUAUGUAUUCAAAUGAUUUUGAUUUUGAUUAUGAUUAUAGAAACAAUCUUAAAUCUAAAUCCCCCAACUAUA